AUGCAAUCCGGCACCUGUCAACCCACCAUACUGACACUCCACGAUGCCGUAACCGAUUCGCCGGUUUAUCGAGCCAACGCAUUGCACUUUGACGAGCAAAUCGACCUUUUGGAAAAGUGGCUGGAGCAAUUAUCAAAGCACCUCAAGUUGUAUACGGAUAAACUCAAUAAAUUCAAUCUCGAGACCAACAAUGUAUGCAAGAAGGCUAUUCCUGUGGGCAUCGAUAGUGCCUUGAUUGACCCCAAUUUUACGGGUGCUGUCAUUCGAAGUUUCUCUGAUGCUUUGCAAACAAGUUUGGCUUUUAAGACAAAGCUUGUAACCGACCUUGAAGACAAUUUCAUCCAACCGCUUUUGCAAUUCGUCAAGACACAUUUAAAGGAAUUCAAGGAGUUUCGUAAGCAGCACGAAAAGGCAUUGGAGCGGUACGAGGCACAGUUGUACAAGUACACAUCACAAAGCAAGAGCAAGGAAGCAUCGGCUGUAAGAGAAGAAGCCUUCCGCUUGCACGAGGCACGUAAAGCGUAUGUGCGUAUGUCAGGACAACACGUUGUGCGCAUUCUUCAGUUCCGAUCACUUUUGGAGCAUUGCCUUGUCGACAGCUUUUCUUCUGCAACUUUGGCUCAUUUCCAUGACUUUGAUGGUGGCAAGCAAGUAUGGGCUAAACUCGAUUCUAGCUUGGCUGCAUGGAAGCAAUGGCUAGUGGAUGAUCGGAGCACAUGCGAUUAUCAGUUGCACAGACUCCAAACGGCUCGCAAGCAGCUCGAGGCUGAAUAUCUCCAACAAACCCAGCCACUCCGCGAUUUGGAUCGAUAUGGUUCCUCGGCAAUGGUGCCGUUGUCCAACAAUCGCCACUCGCUUGAUUUAUCCUCCAUCGAUGACAGCAACAACAAACCUACAUCGUGUAACAAAUGGGGCUAUCUUUAUACUCGUGUAUCACGUAUGACUUGGACACGCAAGUUUUUCUUUUUACAUGAUGGCUAUUUUGGUACAUGCUUGGUCAAUCCUAAGCUCAAGGGUGCCAUCACAGUCGGUGAACGUGUCUCAGUGCUUCUUUGUGAUAUCAAACCCGUGACCGAUGCUGCAGAUCGACGAUUCUGUUUUGAAGUUGUUUGUGUACAGCAGCCACCUUUCUUUCUGCAGGCAGAAACUGAAAAUGAGAUGCGUGAAUGGAUGGCAGCAUUUGCAAGAGCCAAGCGUUUUAUGCUUCAAAAUGAAAAGUUACAUCUUCACACUCAAACGACGACUACAACUACCACAACGACGACUACCACAACGAACGGCACUGAAUCCGGCAGCGAUUCCGAUACUCCUCAACCCAACACAGUUCCCACUCGUCACUCAUCGCUUCCUCCCACAGUCAACAUUGCAUCAUCGGCUCCAGAAUCUACUAUCUCCAAUGAUUCAGCAUUAUCGCUUAGCAACAACAACCAUACAACAACCAAUGAUAGCAAUGGUGAACCUUCCAUAGUCAUUCUCUCAACAUCCGCCGACCAUGAAGAUGAAAUUUCCCUUGACACAUCCACUACCUUGACACCUCUUCUUGUCAGCGAAGCGUCCAAGGCUCAACCCGUUGCACCUGCCAAUAUCACUUCCUCAUCGGUACCAAGUUCCCCAGCUGCUGGUGCACAAACCUUUGCAUCGGCAAUGAGUUCAAAUGCCAACCAUACCACUGCCACAGCUGCAUCCUCCACAGCUGCUGCCGCUCAGCAACAACAACAGCAACAACAACAACAACAACAACAAUCAUGGGGUAUUCCAUGGGCUCUUGUACCAAGCAUGUUUUCUGGUGGUGCUGGUGGUGCUGCAUCCUCUCAUCCCGAAGAAGACCCUGUGCCAUCCUCACCAUUGUCACCAGCCAUUCCUAGUAUGUUGGCAUCGGGUAUGGAUAACGAAGGACAUCCUAUUGUAUGGCCUGUUCGAUCGGAUGAUACUGGUGUCCCCCGAGUGGAGCUCAAUGGCUAUAGUGCCGAGUUGGAGGCACGAAACAAGGAAUUGCGGCAUUUGUUUGGCGGCGUAGCACAAAAUGAAGUUGUUUUGGAUGCUUUCAUUGGUUCCUUGAAAAAGAAACCCGUGGACGAUGAUGACAUGCCUGAUGAAAUCGUGAGCUCACCCACGGCCGUGGAUACCUUUGAUCAAGAACUCAAGAAGCAAUUGGAAGGAUCAUUGCAAAAUCCCAUCUCCAAGUUUGGUUAUUCAUACACGGGUCGUGCAUUCAUCACGCAAGAGACCUUCUGGUACUACAGCUGCAUUCUGAUGAAUUGUGUCCAUACGGUCGCUGUCAGGUUACGAGAUAUCAAGAGUGUGCGUUUGGUACGCGAUAUGAGUAUGAAGGAUACGGUUACCAAGAAUGGCCCCGCCAAGAAUAUUGCACUUGCCAUUGAUCUCAACAAAGGCAACGAACCAUUGGUAAUUACGACAUUGCUCAAUGACGUUGAGAUGGUGAUGGAACGUUUACGCUUCGCUGUGGAAAAUGCCAAAUCGAAUGAUCCAUUGCCUGUGCAAACAUUGUACGAUGUGAUCCAGAGUUUGACAGUAUCGGCACAAAAGAGCAAGACCACACACCAAAUGAAAAAGUCAUCAUCCACCACGACGGCGACUGAGCAAGUAUCCAAAGAAGCAGAAAAGACUGCCGAGAUCUAUCAACCUGAGCCUGCCAUGUCACCAGUGCCUGAAUCCAAAAAGAAACGCAAAGGACGUAAGAGCUCAGGUGCAUCCAAGCCUGUACCCAAGUCGGGUGCACUUGCAGCUGCUAUGAUGGCGGCCACUGUUGCAGGUGGUAGUGGAUUAUUUGAUCCUAGCCGAAUGGCCUAUGCUGAAGACAUGCACAAACGACAACAUCAGCCAUCCAACAAAGAGUCAUCUAGUGAUGAAGGCAACAAUUCUCCUACACCAAGUGGGCAACCCGCUUCUAAGAAAGGAUCUUCUAGUGGUAGUGAUGAUGACAUCCCAUCACACAUCCAAAUCCCCAAGGGACCCGUAUCAUGCAAUUGUGACGAGCACAUGGAUAAGAUUGAGAGUGAAGUGGAAUUGCCAGUGUCAGCCAAGAAGCUGUAUGACUAUAUGUUUGGAGAUGAUACUGCCGUGUGGGAUAUGAAGAACACAGCAAGCAAUGGCACCAAUUUACGUGUGGAUCCUUGGGUGAAUGUGGAAGGGAAGCAGCAGCGUACGUUAAAGUACAUCCUUCCUGUCAACAAUCCUAUGGUGAAGCUCAAGGAAGCCGAGGUGGUGGAAACCCAGGUUGUGCACAAGAAGGAAGAUUACAUUCGUUAUGUGGUGCAAAUCUCGACCAAGACUGCACAGCUACCAUAUGCAGAUGCAUUUGUGCCUUCGAUCCGAUACUGCAUUUCUUGGGUCAACAAGUCUCAAUGUAAGCUGACUUGCAGCAUGGGCGUCAAAUUUAUCAAGAGCGUGCUUGUCAAAGGCAUGAUUAGCAAGGCAGCACUCAAGGGCAUGGGCGAAAGUCUUGCCACCUUUAUUCCCAUCUUACAAAAGGAGGCCAAUAAGCUUGCUGGCAAUACCAAGGCAACAACGGAUGAUCAAAAUGAAAAGCAGCCAGCCGCAGCUUUGACCAAUGGUACCAACGGUAGCCCUGCAGCUGCUGCUAAUGCAACAUCAUCGGCUACAGCCAAAGAGGAUGAUUCUCUUUUGGGUCAAGCAAUUACCUAUUUCAACACAGCUGUCGACUUUGUUUCGGAAUUGCCAUUAUCAAUUCGUGGAGGAUUGGCGGGUGUUGUGGUGCUUUGGAUCCUUGUAGCAUGGUUGUUUGGUGGCAGCAAAAAGACGACGAACGCUGAAAUGGAACGAGAAUUCUUACCACGAUCAUCAUCGCGUGCGGUGUACUUGCGUGAUUUAGAAAAUGGAUUGCUCAAAACAGAUCUGCAACCUAUGUAUGCGCAAGAGGAAAGCUUCCAGCUGUUUUUGGAAAAUGGAACAUCGCAUCGCUGGUUCAAUGUGGAUCAUCAUAGGAUGGCUGUUGAGUUUCUUUUCAGCCGUGAACGAGUAGCAAUGUUGCGACAUGAUAUGCUGGUCAUAUUCAAUUUACUCAAUCAAGUGGAUGCCCAACUCUUGGAAAACGAAUACGUCAAUUGGAUGUUGGAUACGCGGAAACGGUGUCGUUUAACGGGUCAACCAGCUGAUACUUGCGACAAGAUCCAGGUACAACUCGAAUCAUUCAUUGGAUAA